AGCUGAGAAUCCGAUGACAUCCAGGUGUGAAUGCGUCCCUCAGUAACUGCAGCUGAGUGAAGCUGAUGAGAUUGCUGCCAGGAAGCUGAUGAGAUUGCUGCCAGGAAUGCUGAUGAGAUUGCUGCCAGGAAUGCUGAUGAGAUUGCUGCCAGGAAGCUGAUGAGAUUGCUGCCAGGAAUGCUGAUGAGAUUGCUGCCAGGAAUGCUGAUGAGAUUGCUGCCAGGAAGGCUGAUGAGAGCAGAGGAACUAAGCAACCAGCGGAUACAAAGC